AUGGCCAGAAACCUCACAAUCAAAUCAACUCAGAAGCUCCUCUCGGGCUACGAAAUUCCCAUCCUAGGAUACGGAGUUUACCAAACGCCAAAAAACGUCGCUGAAAAUGUGACCGUCGAGGCCCUCAAACUCGGCUACCGCCAUAUCGACUCAGCAGCCGCCUACAAAAACGAAAAAGAAGUCACAGCCGCAAUCUCCAAAGCCGGUCUCCCCCGCUCCGAAGUCUUCCUAACCACCAAAAUCCCACCCCGCGCCAACGGCUACGACUCCGCGAAGCGAAAUAUCGACGAUAGCCUGAAGCAGGCGAACACCGACUACUUCGACCUGAUCCUAAUCCACGCCCCCUACGGCGGCAAAGAAGGCCGCCUGGGCACCUGGAAAGCACUGGUCGAAGCGCAAAAAGCCGGAAAAACACGCUCGAUCGGCGUAUCGAAUUUCGGGCUCCACCAUCUCGACGAGCUCCAGUCGUACAUAUCCUCCGGCGGCGGCGGCGCAAUCGACGUCGGGCAGUACGAGAUCCACCCGUGGCUUGCGCGCCCGGAUAUCGUUUCCUGGCUGAGGAGGCAUGGGGCCGUCGUGCAGGCUUAUUCGCCGCUUGUGCGGAAUACGCGCUCUGAGGAGCCGGUGCUGAAGGAGCUAAGUAAGAAACAUGGGAAGAGUCCGGCGCAGGUUCUUGUGAGGUGGAGUUUGCAGAAGGGAUUUGUCCCGCUGCCUAAGUCUGUCACGCCGUCGAGGAUCAGGGAGAAUUGCGAGGUGUUUGACUUUGAGCUUAGUGAGGGGGAUAUGGGGAAGUUGGAGACGGGAAAGUAUGAGCCUUGUGCGUGGGAUCCUACGGUUGAGAAGGAUUAG